CACUCCGACGCCUCCUUCCCCAAGGACGGCAUCCGGAGCCACACCUACUCCUCUGAGAGCAAGGCGGGAACGGAGCAGACACUGCCGCUUUCACGUAACGCGUAGAUUCAUUUUCGACUACGUGUACCCCUGUGUAUAGACCAGUCGACACCGGUGCAGACAUGGGUUACACUUUGUACAACUUCAACGGCAGCCCUCCGUGCGCCACCGUACGCAUGCUGGCCAAGCACAUCGGCGUCGAUUUAGAGUUAAAGACCGUGGAUACUUUCAAGAAGGAGCAAUUUGCACCGGAAUACCUCAAGCUAAAUCCUUUCCACAAGAUUCCUACCUUGUCUGACGAUGGCUUCAUUGUGUACGAAAGUUCGGCUAUAUGCUACUACCUGCUAAGAAAGCACGCACCCGAAAGCGAGCUCUACCCAGACUGCCCCAGGGUCCGCGCACAUAUCGACCAAGCUCUCGCCACGAUUAGCAGCACCAUCCAGCCUCACUACUUCGAGUUCUUUAAACCCCGUUUCUACGAGUUGACGAAGCCUACCGCAGAGGACAUGGAGCAGUUUGAGGAGAACGUGAUCAAGGGUUUCGAACACGUGCUAGGAGACGGAAACUACGUGCUUGGUGACAAGCUCAGCCUCGCUGACCUCAGCUUGGUGGCUCACCUCACAAUUGUCCUCGAGGUUCCUUUCCUGAAUGCUGAGAAGUAUCCUAAACUGAAAGCCUACUACAAUCGGCUAAAGGCACAACUGCCGUACUUCGAAGAGGUUAACCGGCAAGGAAUCUCCGACUUAAAUGCUUUGAGCGCCAGCCUGUAAUAGAAGCCUGCGACGCAAAUGUCGGCAUGUCUUUCUUAAUAAACACAUUCUAUCUCCUUUCAA